AUGAAGCGAGUGAAAUAUCUCCAAUAUUUCAUUUUUAGCAUUUUUGCUAAUGCACAAGAGCUUGGAUUUUCGAAUCUUCCGAGUCUUGGAAUUUCCGUCUCAGGGACCAAUUCACGAGGACCGUCACGUGGAGGGUCUUCUGCAGACGAUUCUAAUAGUUAUGUCCUUCCUGUGGAAGACAUUAAUGGCUUUGCUGUUGCUCCAGCAGUUAACAAUGUCACGAGCGAUAUCAAUCCCAGAGAUAUUCAAAGUAGAACCCAGGACCGUAACAUGCCAAUGCCCCUGGAGUUGGAAAAGCACUCUGCUACUGCUCGAUCUUUGGUGCUCCGAUUUCGCGAACCCGAUAAAACUGGCUCUUACAGUCAUUAUAAAAUCUCAAUCGAGAACAAUGUCAGUCGCCUCGACAAAAACAUCAACCGCAUUGUUCGAAAGGACAAAUUGACAUCGACGGACGCAGGAGGCAUCAAAUACUACUUCAUUGAGGUCAAUUCGAAAGACUUUCUGCCAGGGGUAAAAUACAUGGUGACGGUUCAAACAAUGAGGAUCGAGGGCAAUCGCUAUUUCAAUUCGGCGUAUGAGAUGCAGAAGAAUCGGAUCCAAAUGAGAACACUGCCGGAUUCUAUCACAAAUCUUCAGAUUUCGCAGACAGAAAUGCUUGCCAGAUCGAUGACUGUUGAUUUUCUUGGCAAAUCGACACGGCAAGACAUGGCAAUGUACGACUACUUCCGGAUCCGACUCAUUGAAAUGGACGGAGAGGAUCAAAUCCAAAAAGAUUACCUGACUAUUCCACAUGAGACGAAGAGCGUCAGCAAUUGGUCGCCAAUGCCUGUUCCAUAUUCGCAUACGUUUGAAGGACUCAAUUUCGGGACCCAGUAUCUUGUUCAAAUUUCGACAAUCUCCGACGGCGGCUAUUUUAAGAGUAACGAAGAAGAAGCUUCUCCGGCGAAAAUGAAGGAGCUAGAUAUUACCGAGUCUGAAAUCAGAUCCGAGUUUUACACGGUUUCUUUUGACGGACCCAAGAACGUCACGAAGCUUGACUUCACUAAGAACUCAAUUACGCUCGGCUGGGAAGCGAUUGAAAUGGAUGGAAUCACGCAGUACCAAAUCACCUAUUCUCAAAUCAAUUCGAACAAUACAAUGGGCGAUGAUGUAACGCUCAACAUUCCUGCAGAGCAUAUUGGCGGCGGCGAUCAGGAAAUUUACACAUUAGAAAAUCUCCUUCCUGGGUUUCAAUACAUGAUCUCUAUCUAUUCCAUCCGCGAGGGUUUUCCUAACGGGAAUAGAUCAGAAGCUUCCCUCGAGUAUUUUCAAACGAUGCCGGACGCGCCAAGGCCCGAGCAAAUCAAUAUUACAUUGGCAGAGGACGAAAUCACCCUCAACUCGUCGCCUGAGUUUCGAGAAGCGAAUGUAACUUGGCCAGAACCUCUCGGUCACGUGUCUUAUUACUGCGUGGAAUACUUUGAUGUGGACAGAGAAGGCGAAGAAGACCAAGUUGUUGAUGAAAAUGACCCAGCUGCGGACUCUGCGGAAAGAAAACCGAGUUGUCUGAAAGCUGAAGGAAAUUCUCGAAACUUUCCACUGAAAAAUCUCACUCCAGGUGGUUUGUACAAUGUGACCCUGACCGUAGGGUCGCGACUGAACAACGACGCCGAUCCAACUCGAAAUAUUGUCAGCCGUCUCUAUCGAGUAAAGCCGAAUCCUCCCGAACGAGCUGUUGCUGAUUCCACCCGUGGAACAAUUCACCUCGCCUGGCUUCGACCACAGGGCAUGAGUCAAGUUUCCGGCUGGAGGUACAGGCUUAGAUACGUCUUGAGCGACGUGUCACUCGAUGAUCCAGAGCAACCGGAAGAAAUGGUCAAGUUUAUUUCUGCAGGAACGUCUUCUGAUUCCAAAUCUUCAAUCCCCCGCCGAGACGAUUUCUUAUCUCGUCUUCUUUCUGGUCGAAAAUAUAUGAUUCACAUUGAGACAAUUUCCGGCACUGGAAACGAGACAGUCGUUUCUAACCCACUCGGGCCGCUUUACGUCUAUACUCAGCCAGAGCAGCCUACUGUCAUUGAAUGGUUGCAAGUCACCACUGAUCAUAUUAAAAUUAUUUGGGCGCCACCUGAGAACCCCGAAGGUAAAUUCAACAACUAUUAUCUCAACGUUACAAGACGACGGGCACGGCGUCAGGAAGUCAAUUAUAAGGCUGAAAGCUACCAUUUCAAAUUCGACAAGAACGAAACCAACCAUGUCAUGAAAAUAACAACUGGUGCCUUGUACAAUCUAACUCUAACAACCAUUGUCGGCCUGGAGAAGGGGCAAAAGAUGCUUGAAUCGAUCGUUACCAACGAGAACAAAAUUCUGGAGCUGGAAACAUGGAGCCCAUAUGUGAUGCACUCGCCAUUUAAGCGGCUCGAAUGGAAAUUUUCUUCCUGUGGCAAGAUAGGACGAUUCGGCCCUAACCAGGAUCAAUGUGACGCAGCAUAUUCCGGUAGCAAUCUCCAAAACCUUGUCAGGCUAAACGACGGAGUUCAGGAAUGGCUCGCUCCUAUUCGCGGCCUAUACAGAAUCAUCGCUGCUGGAGCAGGAUACGAUGUUACUGGCGGGCUGGGCGCAGUUGUUUCAGCAACGUUUCAUUUUGACGAAGGUGAAGUGCUGAGGAUUCUCGUUGGGCAGCGCGGGGACCAACGUGGCGGAAACAUGGUUGUAGGCGGAGCUGGAGGAUCUUUCGUCUUUGCUAACGAUUCCACCCCGCUAGUCGUAGCUGGCGGAGCAGGAAGUAGCUCCCCACGAGUCCCACCCGACGAGGCUAGCAACGCUAUUUUGUCACAAGUCGGCCGCGACGCUUCCGAAACUGGCAUCAACUUCGGCUUUGGUGGCAUCCGCGGACAGUCCGGUCGACGAGGAUCAAUCGGGACUGGAGGAGGUGCUGGGCUUCUUGAACAUGGGGACAAGCCGUUGCCUAAAGGUGCUACUGAUAUUGUCUCUGAAGCUGUUGCGCUUUUCGGAAACGCAACAUUUGAUAUAAAUGGAAAGGUGCUUCCAGCCGGAUGUGGCGGAAGAUAUAUGACAGGAACGGGCGAAUUUUCCGAAGGUGGUUUUGGAGGCGGCGGAGCUGGUUAUGUUGGUGCUUCUGGUGGUGGUGGCGGAUACUCUGGCGGAGCAGGAGGACCCGAAGGAGGAUAUUCCGGCGGUGGAGGUUGCUUUCUCAAGUUCUCUGGUGGAGUGCAGCAUGCCGCCCUUGACAACUCUGGAGAGGGUUUUAUCGUCAUUUCUCUGAUUGGCCUUAAAAAUGAUCCACCGAUUCCGAUCAAUCUCUACAUGGGUCUUUCCGGGAUCUUCGGAGUGGGAGUUGCUGCUUGGUGCACUUGCUUGAUGACGUGGAUCAGUAAAUGCCUCGAUUGGAUCAUUGGAGAAGACAAGGAGCUUGUUCAAAUGAAAGCGAAUAGAGCAACUCAACUCCGACAAAAGCAGCUCCGUCAGCAGGCCGAGUACGAACAAGCUCUUCAAGAUGCCGUGCUCAAACGAUUCGUCGACGACAAUUUUGAAUCAGGCUUCUCCUCCGAAAUAUCUUAUCCAGUAAGAAGCGAAGUUCGCCGCAGAUCUCGAAAGAGCGAGGAACUCAUCCGUCGUGGCAGGAGCCCGACUGUGCGCGGCAGGAAGAUAAAGCAGGGGCCUGCUCAGAAUAUUCCGUACAGAAUGGCGGACGCUGGAAGCCCACCACCCAGCACAAAGCCUCCUAAAUCGACGAAAACAUCCUUCAGAAGUAUGAUCUCUUCCGUCGCAUCGGCCUUGAGCAUGGCAGAACAGCCCAAAGACGAAGAGGAAAUUCAACUGGACGACAUUGUGGAAAUCGAAGAUCCGGAUUAUGCUGUGAAUCGUGAAGGAUAUCGAAUUCCAAAAGUGAGAACGAUCGACGAUCCAGACGAUGUUGUCGUCGCUUACAAACGAAAUUUUGUCACUCCAGAAGAGUUACAAGAUCCCGACCGAGCGAAAAAAUUCGAGCAGCAAAAAAAAGACUUCAAAAAAGCCGCAGAUAGAUUCGGAACUGCCAUGUUUCAACAACGCAACAAUGCAAAGGCGCCAAUAGUUCCAGUGGCCAAGUUGGGCGAAAAUACAAGACUGAAUCCGGCCGAAAUUCGUGAUGGAUACGCUGCUGCGCUCGUGCAAUCACGUGCUCAUCAUCGUCAAGAGACUCCGAAAGUCACACAGCCAGCAGUCAUAGAUUUCCCUUGCGAGCGCGCACCAACUCCUCCCGAGACAGAUUACGAUGAUCCGGACUAUGAUUCGGAAGUGGAAGCCGAGAAAAAGCGAAAGAGGGAAGAAGAGGCAAUAAAACUGAAGAUGCGGCCGAAAUCAUCGAACCAGACAAAAGCUGCCUUCGGGACCGGAAAACAGAUUCUCAACAAGAUGCAGCAGAAUGGCUGGACUGUGGCGCCUGGCGGACAGCUCAUCAAGCCAAAGCCCAAACCAAAGCCAAGGACGAUGGGGGAUAAAGCGAUUCUCGUGAGAACGCAGGAUGGAGUCGUCGCACUUGGAGGAAAAGAACCCAUCGAUACAGAUACAGCAGAGCCAGUGCGAAAAUCGCCAAAACUCGAGCCCAAAGUCAUCCGUUCUCUUCAAAAAGAAGCUCCAGCGGCUUCUGCCGGUCCUCCUGCACCUCCCAAGGCCCCGGAAAUGGAUGAUUCGCAAGUUCCUGGUUCUAAUCCAUCUGCUGAUGGAGGUAUAAUCCAGUUCUCCAUCGAGGGUGAAAUUGCGAAAAUGAAGAAGGAGAAUGAGGCGAAAAAAGCACUGAAAAAGAGUCAACUGGAGGAGCUUGAGGAUUUGCCCACACAUUUAAAUACCAAUGCACCGGUAUUUGACAGGAUUAGAGAUCGUGUGGCUCAAGAAAAGGCAGAUGCCCGGAAACAGAAUGCUUUUGCUUCCGCUACGGAAACAGAAACGGAAGUAGAAUUUGAAGAUAUACCGCAGCAAUCUACUCAUGAUGAUGAAGCAACAACGACUGACUUUGACGAAGACGACUUCAAGCCUAUCAAGCCCAAGACGGUUUCUGCGUCUUCUAGUCAAAAGAAACCAUUGACGAGACAGGAGUCAGAGCUUUCUGAAAUGUCUGACUUAUCCGACAUUCCCACAUUGUCUGAUCUUGGAGAAUCGGAGAUCGACGAAGAUAUGAGAACUGUGAAGGAACUUGUCGGCGCGACAAACGACAGUCCGAGCAAGGGAAUAGACAUACGACUGUCUACAGAUGACGAAAGUCAGUCAGAACUUCAUCUGACUGACAUUGACCCAUCAGAAAAGCUCGAUUCAAACUCAGACAAUGAGUAUGCAGCCUCACUUGUUUCGCGAAUGACCGGAGGUACCAUCCGACCCGGGCCAGGAUACAACACGGUACCUAUCAACAAUCCUUCUCCAACCGCCCAGAACUUCACUCCCUUCAACGAGGUAAAACUGAAACCAAUCGGAGCUGGGCAGAACUCGAACAAACGCCCAGUAGAUCUGAAACCUGUUCUCAAAACAUCUUCACCGCCGAAACCAGUUGUUGCUCAAAAACAAACUCUUCUAACAACCGAUGAUGAUGAUGAUCACCUUGUUCUCCCUGAUGCCUCCGCAACAGAGGACGAGACUGAUCUCGAGCUUCCAAAGAUAGACACAAACAUCAUUACAGAUACCGACUCAGAUUGGCCGGAACCAACGCCAAUAAAGCCAAUGCAAGUCGUCACUGACACCGAUUCCGACUGGCCUGAGCCACAAGCGAUCAAGCCCAAACCAGCGCAGUUGUCAAAAGCUCCACUCAAUUCCCAGCCAAUUAGACAAUCAAAUACACUUUCCGCAGUACUAACUCAGAAGAACAAUUCGACUUUUGACAAGCUAAAACCAGUUUCACCUAAAAAGCCACCGAUGCCCGAACCAGUAGAAAGUUGCCUCUCCGACGGAUCCAGCGGAUCAGAUGCCGACGUUCUUUCUGACGGAAUCACUACUGAGCACGACUCAGACUUUGUCGUCUGA